AUGGGAUUGAAGGCUCUGUGCAUGUCCUUCCACCGCCUCGAGGCGCCGCGACGGGGACUACAAGACUUCUCGCAAAUCGCCAUACCGCGCGCAUCGAGUGAUUCUCGACUAUCGAAACAGCACAAGCGCUCGGUCAGCAGAGAAGUGCAUGACACGAUAGCAGAGGAGAGUGAGCAAGAGCUCGCUGCUUUGGAGGAGGGUCGGCUAGCGCCGCCGAAAGCGUCACGGAGUGGAAGCGAGGCAUCGACGAAAUCGACAAAGUCGACGAAAUCCACCAAGUCCACGAAGAGCUCUUCCGACGUUGAAUAUAGGGGCGUCAACAGGCUGGGAUGGGGAGCGCCGAAUGCUCACCCCGUCGCCGCUGUUGACGCAGAGCCGAACGCCCUCAACCGCGAGGAAGUCCUCGCUUCUCCGCACGAAGAGCCUUUCACGGUGUACCCGCCCGAGUACUUCGCCCCAGUCGCACCUGUUCUCGACGCUGAGAGCGCCGCGGUGCGUCCUGGGCGAGUGCCGGUAAACCGCCGGUACGGGUACAUUGCCGACGGACAGGCAGGGAGAGGGGUACGUUCCCCGACCCGCUUCGUGCAGGACAACUACACCCGUCCCUUGACGCCACCGACUAGACGCGCGAGCCAUCAGCGCUCCCUCAGUCAGGCGAAUGAGGAUGCUGCCGCGCUGAGAUCGAGCCGGACAGAGAGCUGGCACUCGCGCUCAAAGUCGUGGGACUACAUAUAG